AACCCAACAAUACCCAAUACACAUUUCUCUCUCUCUCGUCUUAGAGAGAGAAAGUCAGAAUCUGUUGUAUUGUAACGUAACCCAGAAAGUAAAGUGGCAAAUGCCAAAUGGGUAGUGGCACUGCCACCACUGCAGCCACAGCAACAUUCAAUACUGUGUAGUCAGAUGCACACACAUUCUUUCACACUCACACAAAGGUAUCACCGCCACCAAGGCCUGUCUUGAAGCUUGGUUUCAUCAUUUCUGGGAUAAAGUUUGAAUUUUUGUUUAUGAUCGUUGAGUUUUGUCUUCUUUGCUGAAUCCUUGUGUUUCUGGGAUUUGUGUGUUGCAGUUGAACUGAGCAAGAUUCUAUCUUUCUCUGCUAUGGAAGCCUGAUGCAGGACCUUGUGUGUAUUUGGGAUCUGAUUCUAUCUGGGUUUUCUUUUUCUUCAAGAAAUUUGAAUGAUUUUGGUAAAAUGAUGAACACCUAGAAUCAGUGAAUUGGUGCAAAUAGGGGAAAGUGAUGGCAGCAGGGUCAAACACUGGUUUUCACUAUGAUGAUAUGGGUUCUGCUUUGAACUGGCAUGCAAUAUCAUUUCAAUCUGGGGCUGUUGGUGGCAUACCUGAGAUGGUUCCAAUGGGUAAUUAUUUUGGGUUGAAUAAUAAUAGUAAUAGUGCCUCUGGGAUGGUAUAUUCUGGGAAUUCAAGCAUCAUUAGCAAUGUCAGCAACUCUAUCAUAAGUCAAUCUGGCAGUCCAUCUGCUUCUUCUUCUCUUCUUCUUGAUUCAGUCCCUGGACUGAAGCAUGAUGCAGGGUUGGCUGUUGAGUGGUCUGUUGAUGAACAGUACAAAUUGGAUGAGGGCCUUGUCAAAUAUGCUGACGAGCCAAGUAUUAUGAAGUAUAUCAAAAUUGCUGCUACAUUGCGUGAUAAAACUGUUCGUGAUGUUGCUUUGAGGUGUAGCUGGAUGACUAGGAAGCGAAGAAAAUCUGAAGAACACAUGGUUAAGAAGGUCAACAAUAGGAAGGAUAAGCCAGUGGAGUCCUCAUCAAAGCACUAUUUGCAGUCAACUUUAAGCCCAAGCAUGACCACAUAUUCUCGUAUUUCAAACCAUAUGGACAAAAGUCAAGGCAUGCUCUGCAAUGAUGGAAUUUGUGGUCCUGUGAAGCAACUCUUGGAGCAAAAUGCUCAAGCUUUUAGUCAAAUUUCUGCCAAUUUAUCCACUUUCAAGUUGCAGGAUAACAUCGAACUCUUUGGUCAGACAAGGCACAAUAUUAAUACCAUUCUUAACGACAUGAGAAAGAUGCCUGGCAUAAUGAGCCAAAUGCCUCCUCUUCCGAUUUCCAUUAAUGAUGACCUUGCAAGUAGUAUAUUGCCUAAUAAUAAAACUUAGCCAGCAAAUUACUGACUUAAUCAAGAUCGCGUACUCGAAGUGC